GCAGCGCUGCAGAUGCUUUGCAUAUCCACCCAGCGGACACGGGACACGCGGCCCGCCAGGGGCUCGGGUGACGGCUUGCGGGAGGCCGCGAACGAAUCGAACCAGGAGUAUUCGAACCGCAUGUCCAAGUGGGCGGGGGAUGUCUGGCAGCUCGUCAAGGAUGAGGCGCCCGAGGAUUUCUUUUAUAUUAUGGAGCUGUCCCAGCUGGCUCGUCAACCGCUCGACCAUUUCUUCUUCUUCCUGGAGAAAAAAAUCCCAGCCGGAGAGCCACGGGCACUCGCGCAGCUGGUCUGGGGCAAAGCCGAGCAGAUUUCCACCGAGUUGCAUCGACUGACCUGCCCCGAGCCGUGGCUUGACUUCCUCGAGACGCUGCCGCUGAACAUGGUUCGGGACUACAGCGCCAUCAUCGAGGAGGUCACCAUGGAAGCGCUUGGCGACUUCGAGCGGCGC